AUGUUGAAAAGAGCAUUUUCUUCACUUAUUUUAGCUGAGCACAACAACACUAAGCUUGCAGGAAGUGUUUAUAGUGCUGUAAAUGCAGCUGAUUAUUUCAACGAAGAAACAACAGUUUUAGUUGCAGGUGAAAAUUGUUCGUCAGCAGCUCAAGAGGCUUCGAAAAUAAAAGGAGUCACAAAAGUGCUGCAUUAUGAUAACCCAGUUUUAAAAGACCAUAUGGCAGAUGUUAUGACUCAGACUCUUCAAGCUGCCCAAUCGCAAUACAGAUAUAAACGAAUUAUAGGAGUUUCUCUUAUUAUUUCUAUUUUUGGCGUUAUUUCUGAUCGGCUCCCACAAGCCAAAAAUGGGUUUCCACGUGAAACUUCAUGUGAAAUUCAUCUUUGGCUCGUGGCAGCCGAUCAGAAAUUUAAGCAAUUGAUUAGUUAGAAGGCUCUUCCCUCAAUUUUGUAGGAUAAUAAGGCUUUUCCUAGCAAAAGCCUGCGUUAUAUUAACUCUCCCCUCCAUUAGCGAACAAAAAUCAUUAGAAAAAAUCCCUAUUUUUUUUGGCCCAAAAACCCACCCUCCGUGAGCGAACAAAAAUUUUUUAUGAAAAAAAAAUAUUGAUAUAGUGAAAUCUAUAGCUAAUUCUGUUUGAUUUUAAACAAAUUGAGCUUUAAAACAUAAAUUUUAUAAAUAAAUUAAUAUUUGCUUUUCCGAUUUUUGCGAAUUAGGAUUUUUUUAAAAUUUCGUUUCUAUAAAAUUUAUAUAUAAAAUGUUUUAAAAAAAAUUAUCCACCUCCGUUAGCAAACAGAUUUUUUUGUUCGCUCGUGGAGGGGAUUAAGACAUAAUAUUUAUCUAAAUUAUCGGAGCCACUAGCCAAUUUUCAAGAGACAUCAUUCCAAGGCUUGGAGGUGUUUUAAACGUCCAGCCCAUCACUGAUAUCACCCGCAUCAUGAACGAAAAAUGCUUCAAAAGGCCAGGAUAUGCUGGAAACGCUAUUUAUACUGUGACAACCCAUCAGAAUUUCAAUCUUUUAACAAUCAGAGCGACUUCAUUUGAUAGAAACCCAUCAAUAAAAAAUCCUUGCACAAUUGAAAGAAUUGAUUUAAAUGUCCAAUUCCGUCCUGUUAUGACGUGGGUUUCUCAAAAUUUAGAAGUUAAUGAAAGACCUGAGCUUGGGACUGCCAAAAUUAUUGUGACAGGAGGAAGAGGCCUAAAAAGUAAAGAAAACUGGCAUGUUGUAGAAGAAUUGGCUGCAAAACUAGGAGCUGGGGUAGGAGCUUCAAGAGCUGCAGUUGACGCUGGGUUCUGUUCUAAUGAUUUGCAGAUUGGGCAGACUGGAAAAAUAGUCGCCCCUAGUCUUUAUAUACUUUUUUCCCAUUAGUGCCUGUAUGGAAAGCAAUUUGGUCAGACCAGAAAUUUUCUUGUCUGCUCAAAAAAGCUUUUUACAAGGCUAUUUAAGCGGUCCCGUCAUGAUGAUGCUGUUGAUGGUGGAGAUAUUGACAAUCAUCAAUUAUUUAAUAGGCCUAGCCUAAUCCAGCUCUUAUGUACCCAAUCUGCAAUCUUUAACUGUUUAUUCUUCUGAAUUGAUUCUUUUCUCUCUGAUUCUUCUAAAUAGAACCAUGUUGGAAUUAUUGGCAAUCUGUAAAGAAAAGAGCAAGCAGAAAAUAAUACUAAUCCUAAUAGGGCUAUUUAUGGUAAUCUAGUGUAUCGCUUGUGGAGUUUCAGGAGCUAUCCAACAUAUUGCAGGUAUGAAAGAUUCUAAAGUAAUUGUGGCUAUAAAUACAGACCCAGAAGCUCCAAUUUUCAGCGUUGCUGAUUAUGGGCUUGUUGGUGAUUUAUUCAAGGCAGUUCCUGAAAUGAUACAAAAACUUUAA